GAUGAGUGACCGGAGAUCGCUCAAGAGAGCACUGGUUCUAGUUGAUGAUGAAGAAGCAGCAGCUAAGUUUUACAAACUCAAGGUUCUUUUACCAAACGGCACUAACGUGACACUCACACUCACUAAUCCACAACAUGAAAUGUCCAUGAGGAAUUUCGUCAAUCUGGUGAAAGAGGAGUAUGACAAAACUCGGAAGAGCUAUGUCUUGUCAGGAAAGAUGAGGAAAGGGAUCGAUUGGAAUUUGGCUGCUGAAUCUUAUCUUGACUUCAACGGUCAAAAGAUUAGAAGAGUGGUUCGACUUGAGAGUUUUGAUCCUGAUUCCUGCAAUAUACUACGUCUUGAUGAUGGGUCUGGUGAAGCUCCCACUAUGUAUGAGAAUAUGUGGGAUUUGACUCCUGAUACUGAUAUGCUUAAAGAACUACCUGAAAAUUAUAGCUUUGAGACAGCUCUUGCGGAUCUUAUAGAUAAUUCUUUGCAAGCUGUGUGGUCUUGUUCCCCUGGAAACAGAAGACUGAUUAGUGUGGAUGUUCUCGAAGAUCGGAUUUCAGUCUUUGACUCUGGUCCUGGAAUGGACAGUAGCAAGGAGAAUUCUAUUGCUAAAUGGGGGAAAAUAGGGGCUUCAAUACAUAGGUCCUGCAAAUCCAAAGCUAUUGGAGGCAAACCACCAUACCUUAUGCCAUUCUUUGGAAUGUUUGGAUAUGGAGGUGCAUAUGCGUGUAUGCAUUUGGGAAGGCGUACGUUGGUGUCUUCAAAGACGAAACAGUCCAAGAAAGUAUUCACCCUGCAACUCAAUAAGGAAGCAUUGAUUGACAAUCGUUCUAUAUCCGGAAAGAACUGGAAGGUCGCCGGUGGAAUGAGGGAUCCUUUGGACGAGGAAAUGAAGUUAUCUCCUCAUGGAAGCUUCACAAAGGUUGAGAUCUUUGAAUCGAAAUGUAAGAUACCAGAUAUAUAUCAACUUCAGUGCAGACUUAAGGAUAUUUAUUUUCCUUACAUCCAGUGUGAUGAAGUCUCUAAAACGGGAAGGACUCUGAGACCUGUUGGGUUUCAGGUCCAUGGAGAGGAUUUAGCUGAGAUAGUAGGUGGAGAGGUUGCCACCACCAACCUAAACUCCAAGGGUGAAGAGUUUUGGUUUCAGAUUCGAUUCUGCGUAAAAAGCAAAGGAACAUCACAAGAGGCAAACGCUCGUCUCAAGUUUGUCUAUUUUCCAAUCGUCCAUGGGAAAGAGAGCAUUGAUAUAAUCAUGGAAAGCUUAGAGAAGGAAGGGUACAAAGUUUCUGAAAGUUUCCAAACUUUUGGUCGUGUUUCAGUAAGAAGGCUUGGCCGUCUGCUCCCAGAAGUCCCUUGGGCAUCAAUUCCGUUCAUGGAAAGAGGAACCAUAGCCUCUACUCUUCGAAAAUGUUGCCAAAGAGUGAAAUGUUUUGUCGAUUUGGAUGCUGGUUUUGUCCCAACACCCUCAAAAACUGAUCUUGCAAGCCAAAACCUAUUCUCUGUGGCUCUUAAAAACUUUGGUAUUAAAUCAAAGGAGAAGGAUAACGAUGUCAGUAUGGUGAUUCAUAGGGAAGGAAAAAGUUUGAAUUACGGGCAAGUGGAGCAGAGUUAUCAGGAUUGGGUUCGUAAGAUGCAUAAGUCAUAUGAUGAAGAAGAUGCAUUAGGUGAAGAUGAAGCAACCGUUAUAUUUGAUUCUUUGGAUAAUAAAGCUCUUUGCAUAUCUCCUGGUUGUCAAGCUGUGAGGGUGCACAUGGUAAUGAAGAGAAAAGGGAAGUCAUGGGAACGUGGACAAAGGAUCAGGAUUAUGAAAGGAGCAUGUGCAGGAGUUCACAAAAACGAUGUCUAUGCAACCAUUGACUACUUCCUUAUAGAAAACUUUGAAGAUGAAACCGGAGGUGAUGCUCGGAUUGUUUGCAGGCAAAUCAAUUUCUCUGAGGAAGAGGGAUGCAUUCUUUCAACCAUUAAAGGAAUCUCAAAGCUGGAAAUUCGAAAAUCAUCAUCCUUCCCAAUCAGUAUAAUAGACUCUGAAAAGUGUGUACUUCUAGAUGAGAAUGAAUGGAACAGAAAACUUGUCAGGCAAAAAGAAAAGGAUCCAUCAAGAAUUGAUUUGCUGGAUGAGAAAGACUGCAGAACAUUGAACUUCAAUGGUGAAACAACUAUUGUUCAAUCAGUGUGUGCUGGACACACUCCACCGCAACAGAUUGUUGCAGUUGUUCGACCUGCUAGCUACACAUCUCCAAAGCUGUCCAAAAAUUUGGAUCAGAAACAUAUUGUGAAGAUGGAUGGAGAGAUGCUAAUGGAAGUAGAAUUACAAGGCGGGAAUAUAAAGUCCAGGGAUAAGAAUGCAAAACCUUUGUAUUCAGAUAGAUGUUUUCCUACAAUCCUUGGAGGGUUUCACGGUCUUUACGUCUUCAAACUUGAGUCCAAGUUCCCACACUUGUUCAAGAAAGCUGGGACUUACAUUUUCAGUUUCUCUGUUGGGAAUUCAAUUACUUGUAAAAAGAAGGUGAUUGUUAAACCAUCUUCUAAGGUGGGGAGUUGGAAACUGGUUGGUAAUCAGGAGACCAUUAAUGUUAGGGUGGGAUCGUGUCUUCCACCUUUAUCUAUCAUUUGUUUGGAUGAGUAUGAGAAUCAGAUACCAUUCACUUCUGUUCCAAGUCUUGAAGUUAAACUGAAAGCCAGCCUAGAUUUCGAAGUCCCGGUUCACAAGAUUGAGGCCAACCUGAUUGAUGAUAAUGGAAUUCUCAAACUCAAGAAUAUGCUCGUUAAGACUGAUGGGUUAGAUCACAUUAGACCAGACUAUAAAGCAACCUUAGAGAUAUGCUCAAAGGAUGAACCAUUUUCUGUCUCAGUUGCUUGUGAAGUUAAACCUGGGCCUUUGAAGUGCGUUGUUGAGAACAAUCCACAGGCUUUGGAAAACUUGCUUCCGGAUUCUACUGUUGAAAACUAUAUCUUGGAGAUGUUCGAUGGAUAUAAUAAUCAUGUUGAAGAAGGUACCACUGUUUCGUUUUGUAUGAAUGGCUUUUGUAUCCAAGACUCGAUGGGCUUAGACCUAAAGGUUGAUAGUGAUGGCUGCAUUGAUCUAUCUGGAAUUCUCAAAGUCACAGCAGGCUAUGGGAAACCCGUAUCACUUGCUGUUAUGUCUGGCAAGAAAGAGAUCUUCAAGAAAGAGUCUCAAGUUGAGAUAAGAGAGCUCAGGCUGUUAACAGAGCUCCCAGAGUACUGUACAGCUGGUACAAAUCUGACAAACCUCAAGUUUAAAGUGACGGAUUCAUAUGGGAUUAUGGAUACUAGUAUCAACAAUGACGAAAAAUCCAACUCUUCCCACACCUUGAGCAUUGAAUCCACUUCAAGAAGCGUUGAUAGUACAGUCAGAUAUGCCUUUGUUCAUGGCUCCUGCAAAAUCACUUCUCUUUCCUUACCUGAGCCUGAGGGUGUCUUCUCUUUUAAGGUUUUCCAUUCUAGGCAUCCAGAGCUUCAUAUGAACUUAAAGAUUCAGCUAACAUCUGCUCAGACUUCUGAGAGAGAUGAUAUUGGUAGUUUUGAACCUUAUCCAAGGAUAUAUCUAACGCCUCAAUCAAAGUUUGGUUCAACUACAAAUCCAUGGGUGACUCCAACUCAACAGACACCAUCCUCACAGUCACAGUUUAGACUUUUGUCCAUUAGAGAAAUGUCAUCGGCUAUCAGUAGCCAAACUGCC